GAACAACACCAAGCUGAUUGCAGCUUUGGGAUGUUUGGCCUCUAGACAAAAACACUCUCUUCCUGACUUGCCUUAUGACUAUGGUGCCCUGGAACCCCACAUCAGUGCAGAAAUCAUGCAGCUACACCACAGCAAACAUCAUGCGGCUUAUGUGAAUAAUCUGAAUGUUACAGAGGAGAAAUAUAAAGAGGCACUGGCUAAAGGUGAUGUUACAGCUCAGGUGUCUCUUCAGCCUGCCCUAAAGUUCAAUGGUGGGGGUCAUAUCAACCACACCAUCUUUUGGACAAACCUUUCUCCUAACGGGGGAGGUGAGCCUCAAGGGGAAUUGAUGGAAGCCAUCAAGCGUGACUUCGGCUCCUUCGGAAACUUCAAGGAGAAGCUGACAGCAGUAUCAGUUGGUGUUCAAGGCUCUGGCUGGGGGUGGCUUGGUUUUAACCAGGGCCAAGGCUGCCUGCAGGUCACUGCUUGUUACAAUCAGGACCCUCUACAAGGAACAACAGGUCUUAUUCCUCUUCUAGGAAUUGAUGUGUGGGAGCAUGCUUAUUAUCUUCAGUAUAAAAAUGUUAGACCUGACUAUCUAAAAGCUAUCUGGAAUGUGAUCAACUGGGAGAAUGUAUCUGCGAGAUAUACAGCUUGCAAAAAAUAAAGUGGAGGUCUCAGACUAUUACAAGAUCAGCAGUUGUAUUCUGAAAUCACUUUUGUAGUGUGUUUACUGGCUUGUUAAUGAGUUGAUCCACUAUUGAAAAUACUUUAAUGCAUCUAAUGAAAACAUUUGCAAUCAAGCCAAGUGUUGCUUGUCUAAUUCUGUAAAAGGUAUUUAUACAUAGACUUAAAGCUUUAAACUCUUGCGCAACAAGUGGAAACAAUUCUGUAAUUCUUUAUGGGGGUAUAACUUUAAAAUUUCAUUGUGGUUCUUCAUCACAGUGGCUUUGUGAGGAAUACUUACAUAUGAAGCACUAUAAAGAGCUUAAUAAAUGACAUACCAAUGCAUUUCAAGUUAAAUAUACAGGGCUAGGGAACUUCCUUUGGAAAGUGAUGGUAGCAAACUUUAUAUUUUUUUCAAGACUGCUGAAUGGAGGUAUAGUGGGAUACUUGAUUCACUUAUGAUUAUGCCCUCAAAGCUUCCGUGUGAGUUUUUUUGGUCCCUUUUUUUUUUGGGAGAAGUUUUCCCACAGCUGCAUACUGUUCCACAUAGAAAUAUAACUGAUGGAAAUUGACAAUGAUCUGAUUGUUUUCUGAUGCUUUUUGAUCUAACUUAAAUCCUUGUUGCACUUAAGAAUUUGAAUAGAAAUGUAUGUACCUCAUUUAUGUUGCCAUAAAUAAAAAAUUCAAUAA